GUCCCUAGUCCCAGUCCACCUUGUCAGGCUGUGCGCCUCUAACGCUCUGAUAUACAAUUUUCACGCUCUUUAUCUACAGAGAUGUCUCUAGACGCGCCUAUUUAUAAAUCCUAGUGUGCACAACGUGUCUGCACUUUGGAUAUCAGUAACGCUUUUGACGAAAAACGGAAACGAAGAGACGAAUCAAUCAGAGCUCUGCGCAGAUUCUAUUGGAUCUUCUUUUGAGGAAAUUUCAAUUUUAUCACCUGAGAACCAACCUGUCAGAUUUCUGUGUAUUGUGCUGAAGAAAUUCCUCACAUGGAGAGAUUUUGAGUGUCUGUGAUAAAACUUUGAUUUCCUCAGACUUUAUGUUCUUGAUUAGAUUGAACAGAGGGUUAGACACAUUUUCUAUUAUCAUUUGUGAAUUUUUUGAAGAAACUUCGGGAAUUGAGAAGAAUUGCUAGUCCAAUUAGGGCUGGCUUGAUUGAUUUCAUCACGGCUCUAGGCAAAGGAACCCAUGUUGACAUUAGAAGGGGUAAAGAAGGCUUGGAGGCUUGUCCUAAGUUUUUGAUUGCGUCCCCUUCUUUUCACGGUGGUCGUGGUGCCCUUCCUUCAGCUGGUGGGCAUCCUGCAGAUUUGACCUUCCUUGCUGGUGGAGGGUGCUGAAAAUACAUCUGAGGUUACAUUUUUUUCAGAUUAACUAUUGAAGGUUUAUGGAAACAUAGUAAAUAAGCAUGUUUACAGUAAAUCAGUUCGAAGAUGACUACUGCAUGUUGAAAUAUGAUGCUGCUUCUGAGCACUCGCAAGUCCCUUGGAUGCCUUUGCAAGGUACCAAGAUUCCUCUUUACUGGCUGGGUAGCCGGUCUGCUUUAGACAAUGGUGCAUGUGGAAGGCUUUCUUGCACUCCUACAGAAGAUCAAACCCUACUGGAUUCUCUUUUUCUUGCUCAGUGGGAAGAUUGUGCCUGGAAAGGCUUUCUCAGAUAUGAUGUUACCGCUUGUGAAUUGAAGGUCAUUGAUGGCAGGAGAAACUUUGUUGCUCAGUUGAACGAAGGAUGGAAUUUGAACAAUUUUCUGAAGCAGAAUCCUUUCACAUCUAAAUGCAUGAAGAUGCACAGGGAGUGGCUACUCUUUGGUAUUGCAAGUGGAGAACAAACCAACCCCAAGAUUAUUCAUUCAGCCACAAUACCUGAUGGUGCCUCACUUGUUAUUGUUAAUGCAAACCCUGUUGAAUAUGGCCAUGUUUUCCUGGUACCACGUGGCUUGAACAGUCUCUCACAGUUAAUGGAUGCAAGAGCAUUAGAAAUGGUUGCACGGGUUUCUGUUGAGAUAAAUAACUCCUCUUUCCGUGUGUUUUAUGACUACUCAUCAAGUGCUAAUCAUCCAUACUUUCAGGCUUGCUACUUUGCAAACCCUUUGCCUGUGGAACUCAUGUCAGUUGUGGCAAUACAUGGUGGCCAGAAAUUAGAGGGGUUACAUAUCUAUGAGGUCAAAGAUUACCCGGUUAAGGCUUUCUUGUUCAUUGGCAAUGGGAACUUGAAAAUUCUGAUUGAGGUAGUUGUGAAUAUAUGCUCCUGGUUACAGGACCAGAUGGUUCCAUAUAGUAUGCUGAUAUCUGAUUGCGGCACAAAGAUGUAUUUGUUUCCAAAGAUUUUUGGAGGCAACACUUGUGUGUGGAUAGGGAAGGAAAUUCCUGCCCUUGAUUUCUCUGCCUUGGCCAAAGCUGAACCAUUGAAUGGAAACAGGCAAUGUGCAUUGGUCUCGUGUCAGAUUUGGGGCUGUAAUUCAACCAUCUGACACCCCCGCCCAUUUUUAUUCCUGAUUGUCCAAAAUCACCUAAUGAAUAGUGGCUUUCAACAAUUUUUGUUCAAUUCAUUUGGACAUAUUGCAGAAAGGCAGUUUGUUUGGGCUGAAACUUGACAUGACUAAGUGAGGCUGGUUCCAACCUCUUGGGUCACAACUGACUUGCCGUAUGUCAGUUUGUUUCUUCAAUUUAUUGCUAAUGUGUUGUUAUGAGAUGCGGCGCCUACAGUGAUGCGCCUGUACAUCCUUUAUAUUACUUGUUUGACUAAAGUUGACGCAAAGUCAUGGUGGCAAACAAGGAGAAAGUGACAAAUGGUUUUGGAUGAAUGUG